GACACACGCCAGGAGACUGACAGCCAGUGUGCACCUCAGGACCAGGCACCAUACCGAGGCGCCGCAUCACAAAGGCAUUCAUGCGCCUCCUGCCUCGUCGUUUCCUUGGCCUUUUGAGCGACACCUGUUGGCUGAAUUGACCCAUUGAAAUCCCUCCGCCUUUCUACAUCCCAACGGAUCUACAUGUCCCCGGGGCACCCUUGAGCUCUCGGCGGAGACGGGCUCAUAAGGUCAUAGGCGGCGUUAUUUAACGUGGUCUUGAUUUGACACAUUCUCGCACUCAUCAUGCCACCAAAAUCUGCACCCAGCAGGAAGCGUGGCCGCCCGCGGAAAGACGAGGAUGACGUCUCGUCCAAGAAGCCUAGGCUCACUGGUAGGCAAGCUGCCACCAGAUCGCGAGAUGCACCGAACGGCGACGAAAAUAAGCAAAAUGGCCAGGCAAAGGGCAAGGACGAUGUUUACGACUUUCAUGACCCAGAUGAAGCACCAGCCGCUCGGACUCCAUCAAAGGCCAAGCCCCAGCUGAAGGGCAUCCUCACUCCUAGCAGGAGGCAACGUGGCCAGGCCCCCAAGAGUGUCGCCUUUGACAAUCCCAAAAAUGGGGAGGUGUUAUUCGAAGACAAAUCGACAAAGCCAGUCAACCCAACUCGGAAAUCCACCAAGUCUCGGAAGGAACCCGAAGAUGAACCGGUCGAGGACGCCGGCGAGGACUCAGAAACGGCAGAGGAUGAUGAGGUUUGUGCCCUGUGCAACAAGCCAGAUUCCAAGACCGGGAACCAGAUCUUGUUCUGCGACGGUUGUGAUCUUGCUGUGCAUCAAAAGUGCUACGGCGUGCCUAGGAUCCCACGAGGGGAUUGGCUGUGCAAAGAUUGCUCCCUAGCCCCAUCUAGCACGACAGCAAACGGGUCGACGGCCAAGGAUCAGAAGGCAUCAGAAGCAACUGUCGAAGCCGCGCCCGAUAUCCCGAAUUUUGAGCAGCAUCUGAGCUCCCUGAAACGCGUCCUGCUGGAUCGCUGCACCGGCAGACGCCGAAUGAGGCUACGGGACCAGGACGAGGCAUACGAGAAGACGUUCCAGCUCGUCCAGCAGACCGUCCUGGCGGGCGAGGGCAAUUCCAUGCUCGUCAUCGGCGCCAGGGGUUGUGGGAAAACGACGAUGGUUGAGUCGGUCCUGUCCGAAAUUGGCCUGGAACACCGCGACCAGUUCCACGUCGUGCGGCUCAAUGGAUUCAUCCACACGGACGACAAGCUGGCGCUGAAGGACAUAUGGCGGCAACUGGGAAAGGAGAUGGAAGUGGAGGACGACCUCAUCGGAAAAACGAACAACUAUGCAGACACGCUUGCAUCGCUGCUCGCGCUGCUGUCACAUCCUUCGGAGAUUGCAGAAUCUCACGAAGGGGUCACCUCCAAAUCGGUGGUCUUCAUCAUUGAUGAGUUCGAUCUCUUCGCUACACACGCACGCCAGACACUUCUCUACAACCUGUUCGACAUAGCCCAAGCGAGGAAAGCACCAAUUGCUGUGCUGGGUCUUACCAACAGGAUUGAUGUGGUGGAGAGCCUCGAGAAGCGAGUAAAGAGCCGAUUCAGCCAUCGUUACGUUUACCUCUCACUGCCGAAGACGCUGUCGUCCUACUGGGCGGUAUGCAAGCAGGGCCUCACGGUAGACGACGAGGAUGCCAAGGCAGAAGGGCUUCCGGUCACUCUGCAAGGCUUCACCAAAUUUCAGGAAUACUGGACGAAAAAGAUCGAGGCACUAUAUCAGGACCAGGGGCUCAAGGACCUCCUCGAGUAUCACUACUAUAGCACCAAGUCGGUGCCAGCCUUCCUCAACAGCUGUGUGCUCCCUUUGGCGGCAAUCACACCGUCAAAGCUCUCCCUACGAAUUACGCCCGAGUUCAGCCCGUCCAUCGACCCACCUGACUCCAAGCUCUACCUCUUGGAGUCCCUCUCAGAUCUGGACUUGUCACUCCUCAUUUCCGCGGCCCGCCUCGACAUUGUCGCUCACACCGACACGGUCAACUUUGCGAUGGCCUAUGACGAGUACACAACGUUGAUAGGAAGGCAGAGAGUGCAGAGUGCCACCUCGGGCAUGUUGGCGCUUGGAGGAGGAGUGCGUGUCUGGGGGCGAGGCGUCGCCGAGAUAUGCUGGGAACGACUUGUAUCACUAGGACUGCUCCUGCCAACCGGCCUAGGCGGCCGGAUGUGCAAGGUCGACGUGACCCUGGAGGAGAUUCCCGCUGCUGUAAAGCUGAAUGCUAUCCUCUCCAGGUGGUGCAAGGAAUUGUAAUGGCGGCUAGUCAGACUUACACCAUCCGACCGCAGCUCUAGGUCCGCCUAUCACCGAGUUGCUCUGGUAUAUUUUCUCUCUUUGUGGCUGGGUCACCAGCAAGCCACACUUGCUCGGGCGACUCUUCUCCCUGGACGAUCUUGGCCUGAAUUCAACGUAGGGCCAGGACAGCCUGUGGAUACCUUCAGGUAUCAAGCAAUACAACCAUACACGGAAUUUGAGUCUCCCGUCAGAUGUCCCAUUAUUUGCCUGAUAUAUUUAGUGUUCCUACGUCAUAGCAAAGUGAGGCAUGCCAAUUGAAAAUCCGGAGGAAGCGCCCUCACGAUAGACGAGGAUCGAGAUAUCAUGUGUCAAUGUACGUGAUCCCCCCCCCCUCCUCGUACACACCGCCGAACACCGUGCCAGCUCAGCAAACCUCCGGGGCGGACCAGGGGAGACUUGGGGGAAAAAAAGCCCAGGCAUCGGUAAUUCCCUUUGUUGAGGAGGAGCACACGCGCGCGCGCCAGCACGAAGCAUUACAAAAGAAUUGGAUCCGCCGCAGACACUGUCCUGCGCCCUUACGACACCGCCGCUUUGACGUCGUGGGCCACCCUCUGCUCACUUCCUUGCGCGCAUCACCGGUCAAUCGUCAUUUCCCCUUUGCGCCGCCGGGCCCCCAUGCAGGCCCCCAGGCCUCCCCUCCGCCCUAUCUAUCCUCACGCCCCUGCCCCCCGGGCGGGCGGCGAGUCACGAUCCUUUUUUUUUUGGUCCUCUUCUGACUGUCUCUCUCCCUCUCAGCGCCCCCCCAUCCCCCCUCCGCCCCUCCUCGUGAGCUCGCUCGGUGCUUGUGUAAGUGUGCGCGUGUAUGUGCUUGUGUUGUGUGCUCACUGUGUAGUUUAUUAUUACCCAGGCAUCGAGAUUUGGCGGGAGGGCUGGCCGGGGAUUUCCGAGUUAUGUUCAAUUCUGGGGCCUCGAUUACAAAGGGCUUGCAGGGAUCUGAGUCGCAAGCCGGCGACGACCUCGACGAACACUUCCCUAUGCGUUGCUUGCCCUAGCUUGCUUGCCCUAUGUCCCACCGCGUCCCGACGCGGGUGCUACACAGUACCUGAGGACUGGUCCCCUUUUUUUUUCUUUCCUUCCCUUCCUCUUGCGUGUUGCUUGCCAAGUCGGAUUGUGGGGAGCGCGCGGCAGUUGUUCAUGGAUGUGUGUAGACUAU